AUGUCGCUGACUCGAGGCGUGGGAGCUGAUCAGUCUCUGUUGCAUUUCCUCUCGAACACAUAUUUGAGAUGGCUACCAGCAACGAGUGUCGAUGACAUGGAGCUCUCCUCCCUGGUGGGCGGUCUUGAAGCGUUGAACAGCGGUGUGACUACCAUCAUUGACACUUGCGAGUCUUUCCACUCCGGUGAACAUGCGGAAGCCGAGUUGUUGGGACUGAAGAAGUCAGGAGUCCGUGCCUUCUUUUGCUUUGCCAUGAGCGAUGACGCGUAUGGUACCGCCGCCGUUGGCAAAGAGGGCUGGGAAGCCCGCGUGGCACACAUCCAAAAGAUGCGCUCCACAAAUGAUCCCGAUGACCUGGUGCAAGUUGGAAUGGCCCUCAGUCAGCCCGGCAGCACUCCUUUUGAUUUGACCAAGCUGGAGAUCGCUUUUGCAGAAAAGCAUGGUCUCUUGUGCUGCUCUCAUUCAUGCGGCCUUGAGAACUCUAUCAUCACGAAGGAUAUUGAAGAACGCGCCAGUCAUGGAUUGAUGAAGCCAGGCCAUGUUUACAUCCACUGCACCAACCUCACUAAGCGUGAAAUUGAGCUUAUUGCUGAGUCCAAGGGCAAAAUCUCUGUCGCGACCGAGACAGAUAUGCAGAUGGGUAUGGGAAUUCCCCCAAUCAGAGCCUGCAUCGAGAACGGCAUCAAUCCUUCUCUAAGCAUCGAUACAUCAGCUGCUGUCGCCCCGGAUCUGCUUGGGCAAAUGCGACUUGCCCUUCAGAUGCAACGGUGCUUAGACAAUGACGCCGUUCACAAGACUCGCCAAGUCCCCCUUGACCUCGAAUACGGUGUCCGGGAUGCCCUCAUCUGGGGAACGAGAAACGGCGCCGAAACCGUUGGCAUGAUUGACCGUAUCGGCACCCUCACUCCUGGAAAACAGGCUGACAUCGUUGUCAUCACUUCGAAGAACGCAAUCAGUGCCUCUGCGUACCCCCUGGGAACAGCUGUUCUUCAUUCCAGUCCCGCCGAUGUCGACACUGUCAUGGUCAGAGCUGCUACCUCUACCGCCACCACUGCAGCACCAACAUGUACAGCGUCUCUCACCACAACUCUCUGCGACUACCCGAGUACGGACUUUGCCGUCGCCAUUGAAAGCAGGGCAUCCUGCUGGGACUACUGUAACGACCACCAGCCAUGCAACUUCGUCAUUUUCAAUCCCGGCAACCCUUACCUGGGCAUCGGCACUUGCUGGCUGUACCCCGGCGAGACUUUCGACAAGAGUGAAGCUAGCUCAGACUGCUCCAAUCCCUACCUUGAAGUCUACGACAAGCCCACGUGUUCUGGCGGAGCGACAACCACCACUACUUCCGGCGCCUGUACCGCCACCGCGACUCCCUCUGCCGUUGCCUCGGUCUGCGGGUAUCCGGCACCUGAAGACUGCUUUUACGACUGCUAUGCUAGCUCAGGUGCGCCAAACUGCUUGAGUAUCUGCGCAAAGGCAGAAGCCUGUAGCUAUGUCGUCUUUAAGCCGGGUCAGGACAGCUACUCGCCAUAUGCCCCCGGCACCUGCUGGGUCUACCCGAACGGCACAUAUGACGAUCAGUCUACGACCACUUGCAGUGGUAAACCUGAGCAGUAUGUGUAUGAGAAUCUGUGUCCCAAGCCCUCGAGUUCAUCAUCGUCCUCGUCCUCGUCUUCGUCUACUACCACGGGUUCGGCCAUUGCUGCUGCUGCCGCCAUGGUCACUUCUACCACCAGCAAGAAUUCUGCGCCCACUGGCAUCUCCCUUAAUCGUCCAAUGUCGUUCGGCAUGGCUGCAUUGGUGUGGCAGGCUUUGUAA